CAGACUGCUUCUACAAACAUUUGUGAAAGACUUUGCAAGAAGUCUAUCCGUGAAAUUUUCUUGCUACUAAAUAAUCCACGGUCAACUGUUAGUGGUAUUAUAAUAAAGUGAAAGCAACUGGGAACAACAGCAACUCAGCCAGGAAGUGGUUUGCCACGUAGAAUGACAUAGCGGGGUCAGUGCAUGCUGAAGCGCAGAGUGCGCAUAAGUUGCCAACUAUCUGCAGAGUCAAUAGCUAAAUACCUCCAAACUUCAUGUGGCCUUCAGAUUAGCACAACAACAGUGCAUAGAGAGUUUCAUGGAAUGGGUUUCCAUGGUCGAGCAGCUGCAUCCAAGCCUUACAUCACUAAGUGCAAUGCAAAACGUUGGAUGCAGUGGUGGCCACUGGACUCU